GGGCAGCCACACCUGAGCUGGAUGUGUAGGCCAUGCUCAUCCCGCUCUCCCUUCCCGAGAGACUUUGGCCCAGAAAGAGUUUUCCAGCAACCAAGGUUCAGAUACUGCCCCUGUCUGGGUGUGAACAUGGGGCUCUCAGGGACCAGAAGGGUUACAUCUACCCUUGAUCUCUGAGGCCAGAAAUCUCAGACCAAGGGCCACAACAGACACAGGCACUUCUGUCUGCAACACAAGAGAUGGAGCUGCAAAGGCGAGACUACCAUGUGGAGAGGCCAUUGCUGAACCAGGAGCAACUAGAGGACCUGGGGCGCUGGAGCCCGGUGCCCAAGACCUACCAGUGGCGAACUUGGUUUCGAUGCUCCCGUGCUCGGGCCUACGCUCUUCUGCUCCAGUACAUUCCAGUCUUGGGCUGGUUACCCCGCUAUCCCGUGCGUGAGUGGCUCCUGGGAGAUCUAUUAUCGGGCCUGAGUGUCGCCAUCAUGCAGCUUCCGCAGGGCUUGGCCUAUGCCCUCUUGGCGGGAUUGCCUCCUAUGUUUGGCCUGUACAGCUCUUUCUACCCGGUCUUCGUGUACUUCCUGUUUGGUACCUCUCGACACAUCUCUGUGGGGACCUUUGCUGUAAUGUCUGUGAUGGUGGGCAGUGUGACAGAAUCCCUGACUGAAGAUGAGGCCUUCCUGCAAGGCUUGAACGCCACAGUUGAUGACGCCCGCGUGCAGGUGGCCUACACGCUCAGUUUCCUGGUUGGCCUCUUCCAGGUGGGGCUGGGCCUGGUUCAGUUCGGCUUCGUGGUCACCUACCUGUCGGAGCCUCUGGUCCGCAGCUACACCACGGCGGCGUCUGUGCAAGUCCUCAUCUCACAGCUCAAGUAUGUGUUUGGUGUCAAACCGAGAAGUCACUCUGGGCCGCUGUCCGUUAUCUAUACAGUGCUGGAGGUCUGCGCACAGCUGCCGGAGACUGUGCCCGGCACCGUGAUCACGGCGUUCGUGGCAGGAGUGGUGCUUGUGCUGGUGAAACUGUUGAAUGAAAAGUUGCAGCGACAUCUGCCCUUGCCCAUACCUGGGGAACUGCUCACGCUCAUCGGGGCCACUGGCAUUUCCUAUGGUGUGAAACUGAAUGAGACAUUCCAGGUGGACAUUGUGGGCGACAUCGCCACGGGGCUGAUACCGCCAGUGGCACCCAAGAUAGAGUUGUUCGGAACGCUUGUGGGGAAUGCCUUUGCCAUUGCUGUGGUCGGCUUCGCCAUUGCCAUCUCCCUCGGGAAGAUCUUUGCCCUGAGGCAUGGCUACCGCGUGGACAGUAACCAGGAGCUGGUGGCCCUCGGCCUCAGUAACCUCAUUGGAGGUUUCUUCCAAUGCUUCCCCGUGAGCUGCUCCAUGUCCCGGACCCUGGUACAGGAGAGCACCGGGGGCAACACACAGGUUGCUGGAGCCGUAUCAUCCCUCUUCAUCCUCCUCAUUAUCCUCAAACUUGGGGAACUCUUCCGGGACCUGCCCAAGGCCGUCCUGGCAGCCGUUAUUAUUGUGAACCUAAAGGGCAUGAUGAAGCAGUUCUCUGACAUCUGCUAUCUUUGGAAGGCAAAUCGAGUGGACCUGCUAAUCUGGCUGGUGACCUUUGUGGCCACAAUUGUGCUGAACCUGGACAUUGGCCUGGCAGUUUCCAUAGUCUUCUCCCUGCUGCUCGUGGUGGUCCGAAUGCAGCUGCCCCAUUACUCUAUCCUGGGGCAGGUGCCAGAUACGGAUAUUUAUAGAGACGUAGCAGAAUACUCAGGGGCCAAAGAGGUCCCUGGCGUGAUGGUCUUCCGUUCCUCGGCCACCAUGUACUUUGCCAACGCUGAGUUCUACAGUGACUCACUGAAAAAGAAGUGUGGUGUGGAUGUUGACCGCCUCAUCGCCCAGAAAAGGAAACGAAUCAAAAAGCAGCAGAUGAAGAUGAAGCGAAUGAAGAAAGCCAAGAAGUCCCAGAAACAGGCUGCCUCUUCCAACAUCUCCUCAGUUUCUGUCAACGUCAAGACCAGCUUCGAAGACAUCAAAAGCAAUGACGUGGAGGGCUCUGAGGCCAAGGUGCACCAAGGGGAGGCGCUGCAGGAUGUAGUCGUCAACAAUCAAGAAGACGACAAGGCCGCAACCGUGAUUACACUGAAGUCCCUGGGCCUGCCCCAGCCAGGCUUCCACAGCCUCGUCCUAGACCUGAGCCCCCUCUCCUUUGUGGACACUGUGUGCAUUAAGAACCUGAAGAACAUUUUCCGUGACUUCCGGGAGAUCGAAGUGGAGGUGUUCAUCGCAGCCUGUUACAGUCCUGUGGUCACCCAGCUUGAGGCUGGAAAUUUCUUUGAUGACUCUAUCACUAAGCAGCAUCUCUUUGCCUCUGUCCACGACGCUGUGACCUUUGCCCUCUACCACCGGAAAUCUGGCUCUAACAGCCCUGUUUUGGCCACCAAACUCUGACUUUUCUGGAAGAGACUGCCUACCUCUGGAGGCCGUGACAGGUCACCCUCAGGAAACCCCCUGCCUCUGGGCCACCUCCAGGUGCUGCCUAGGACUCCAGUCUGUGUACAUGCACAUUCAGCUCAUGGAUGGAUGUGUUCAGCGCUACAGGCCUGGGGCAGGGCUAUUAAAGUCAGACUGGCUUUGCCUGGGUGCUGGAAGGGAGGUGAUGAGUUUACAAUUUUGGGAAUAAAUGUGUUUGUCCAA